AUGAAGCUCCUCAGCACAGUCGCUCUCAUUCCUCUAAUCCAUCAGGGCUAUGCGCUCCUCGAUGCAGACGCUAUAAUCACCAAGUACUAUGGCAACGACGCAGCAUGGUACCGCAACCGAAUCCCACUCUUCGAUUCUAGCGACAAAGACAUCACAGAUGUGUACUACUACCGAUGGUCCAUUUUUCGCGCUCACCAACGCGACCUUGGCGCCAACGGCUACAUCUCCACCGAGUUCCUUGACGAUGUCGGGUGGCAGACUAUGCCAUGGGCGAGUCUCAACGAUGCAACCGGAUUCCACUUGUUGGAGGGAAGAUGGUCUCGCGAUCGACGAUUCAAAGAAGACUACGCGACGUUCAUUUACAGCAGCAAUAGUAAUAGUCGCCAGUUUUCCGAGAGUAUGGCUGCGGCUGUUUGGCAGGGGUAUCUUGUUGAUGGAGUAGUAGAGGAUGUUGUUAAGAGACUGGAUGAUAUGACGAGGGUGUAUGAGGCAUGGGAUGACUCUUAUGAUAAGGAUAAAGGAUUGUAUUACGUUGAGCCUAUCCGGGACGCGACGGAGUAUACAAUCUCCAGUAUAGAUGCUUCGGGUGGCUAUGAUGGCUUCUUCGGCGGCGACUCGUUCCGCCCCAGCAUAAACAGCUACCAAUACGCCAACGCCCGAGCAAUCGCAAACAUGGCGGCCUUGAAAGGCGGCCAGCAAAACACCGUCGACACCUACACAGCCCGCGCCACAGCCCUGAAGUCACGCGUCCAAGAAGCCCUCUGGAAUUCAACCUUCGCCCACUUCAUCGACCGUUACCACGUCAACAACACAAACGUCACAUACUGGGAUCCCAUCCGCGGGCGCGAACUAGUUGGUAUGGUGCCAUGGACCCACGACCUCCCCGACGACACCGCUACCUACGCACAAGCCUGGUCGCACAUCCUCAACAGCAGCGAACUUGCCGGCGAACACGGCCUGCGUACCGUAGAGCCGUCAUACGCAUACUACAUGCGACAAUACCGAUACGAAGGCCCGAAUCCAGAGUGCCAGUGGAACGGCCCCGUUUGGCCUUUCCAAAUGACGCAGGUGCUUUCCGGACUAGCCAAUUUCUUGGAUCAUUAUGUGGAAGGCAAGGAGACGGGCGUUGUCAACAACGAUGACUACACCAAUCUACUACGUCAAUACGCGCAAUUGCAUAGGAACCCUGAUACGGGGAUCUUGGAUCUAGAAGAAGACUACUACCCCGACACAGGCCUGCCCAUUGUCGGACUAAAGCGGAGUCAUCACUACUUCCACUCUGGGUUCAACGACCUUGUCCUAUCAGGUCUCGUUGGCAUCCGGCCGUCUGCGAACGACACACUGGAAGUAAGCCCCCUCGCUUCAGCAGCGCAGAUGACUUAUUUCCGCGCUGAACGUAUCGUGUACCAUGGACAUGAAAUCGCCGUUCAAUGGGACGCCGACGGCUCACACUACAACGCCGCUGGCUUGCAAGUCGAAAUCGACGGCAACGUCGUUGCUUCAUCCCCUACUCUCACCCGUCUCACCGUAGACGUGCAACGUCAGGCUCCACCGGCUAUCACCCGUCGAAUCGCAAAAUCUGUUCAGCUCAGCGCUACAACGGCGUACCCGCGUGGUACGACAAGUGUGGGGGACACUAGUCAAGCGGCUACGUACCCUGCGAUUGAUGGUAGGAUAUGGUUUUAUCCCGAAGAAGAUGCUAAGAACGGGUGGGAUACACCGGUCGGUAAUGGAACCGCCGUGUGGUUUCAGAUCGAUUUUGGCAACACUGUCAGUAUUAGUGCGGCUGAGCUUGCAUUUUUCGCAAACGAGCAGCAGGGUUUUGCGGAGCCCGCUAGCUACAAGCUGCAAGUACCCAGUGGAGGAGAUAACGGGGAUUGGAGCGAUGUGGAGGAUGCGACCUAUGGGGAUAUUGUUGCGAAUGGAAUUACGGGGGCAGAGUGGAAGGAGGUUGAGGGAGAGAAGGUAAGGGUUGUUUUCACGCCAAAGUUGGGCACCAAGGUUAGGAUUGCAGAGUUCAAGGUGUACUAG